AUGAGAUCGGAGUGGUGGUGGGACAUGGAUUUUACUAUUAUUGAUGUUACUGACGCACAGAGCUCACGGAACUCGAGAUACAGUGCGCGGUCUUCUUUUGUGCGAUGUCUUGUGGAGACAAAUAAGUGCAAAUCCCAGUAUGGUCCAUAUUUUGUUGGGGUUGAGUAUCACAGGUGUAAGGCUAGUUUGCCUUCCACCAAAAUGUCGCUCUUUUCGCGCCGGAAAACACCUGACCAACUGGUGAAGCUAUUAAAGGAUGCAUUAGCGGAUCCCCUGGCACCCGCAAAGCCUGCCAAGGACGGAACACCCGUGGAAGUAAUCACGAAGCGUCUUAGCGAAAUGAAAGUACUGUUAUAUGGAGAUGGAGAACAGGAGGCGAAAUUAGAAAAAUGCGUGCAGCUGGCAGAGCUCCUGAUAGCCAGUGGCCUCAUUCCUAAGCUAAUUUCGAGACUGGACAAGUUACCUUUCGAGGCGCGCAAACAGUUUGCACAGGUGUACAACAAUCUUAUGCGACGUGAUCUCGCAGGUUUUGUAAGCUAUGUGGAGCAUAAACCUGAAAUUUUGUCAGCACUUGUAGCGGGUUAUGAGAAUCCUGAGGUGGCGCUUAAUUGCGGUACAAUGCUGCGUGAGCUGAUUCGCCACGAGGUUCUGGCAGGAAAAAUUUUGUAUUCAGCUGACUUAUGGAGGUUCUUUGAUGUAUACGUUCAUCUGCCUAACUUUGAGGUUGGUUCGGAUGCAUUUGCAACGUUCAAGGAUCUAUUUACGCGUCAUAAGACACUGGCUGCUACAUUUCUCACGUCCAAAUUUGACGUGGUAUUCACCAAGUACAAUUGCUUGCUUAUGUCUGAGAACUAUGUCACGAGACGGCAAUCGUUAAAGCUACUUGGAGAGAUUCUACUUGACCGCUCCAAUUUUGACAUCAUGAUGAAAUACAUUGGGGAAAAGGAAAAUUUGAAGAUGAUGAUGAAUCUGUUACGUGACACGAGUGCAAACAUCCAGUUCGAGGCCUUUCACGUCUUCAAAGUGUUCGUUGCUAACCCCAAAAAGCCUGAAGCGAUCUCCGUGAUCCUUGUGAAUAACCGUGAGAAGCUUAUCGCAUAUCUCAAAAAUUUUCAGAACAGCAAAGAGGACCCGCAAUUCAUUGAGGAAAAGGCUCUGCUGAUCAGGACCCUUGAGGGUCUUACGAUUGGCGAAGCUGCCUCUGAAGCGUUUAUUCAUGCCUUUUCCUUCUGUAUGGCGAUGAUGUCGGCAGCAUAG